GCACCCGAGCCGCCGGGGUAUGCGGGCGGGCGCGCGGCGGCGAGCGGGCGGGCGUGCGGCAUGGAGCCCCGCGCGGCGGACGGCUGCUACCUGGGCGACGUGGGUUUCUGGGUGGAGCGCACCCCUGUGCACGAGGCUGCCCAGCGUGGCGAGACCCUGCAGCUGCAGCAGCUGAUUGAGAGCGGGGCCUGUGUCAACCAGGUCACCGUGGACUCCAUCACGCCCCUGCAUGCGGCCAGCCUGCAGGGCCAGGCGCAGUGUGUUCAGCUGCUGCUGGCCGCCGGGGCCCAGGUGGACGCCCGCAACAUCGACGGCAGCACGCCCCUCUGCGAUGCCUGUGCCUCCGGCAGCAUCGAGUGUGUGAAGCUCUUGCUCUCCUACGGGGCCAAGGUCAACCCCCCCCUGUACACAGCGUCCCCGUUGCACGAGGCCUGCAUGAGCGGAAGUUCCGAAUGCGUGAGGCUUCUUAUUGACGUGGGGGCCAAUCUGGAAGCACACGACUGCCACUUCGGGACCCCUCUUCACGUCGCCUGUGCCCGGGAGCAUCUGGACUGCGUCAAAGUGCUGCUUAACGCAGGGGCCAAUGUGAACGCAGCGAAGCUUCACGAGACAGCCCUGCAUCACGCAGCCAAGGUGAAGAACGUCGACCUCAUUGAGAUGCUCGUCGAGUUCGGAGGCAACAUCUACGCGCGAGACAACCGGGGCAAGAAGCCGUCUGACUACACGUGGAGUAGCAGCGCACCCGCCAAGCGCCUCGAGUUCUACGAAAAAACCCCUCUGUCCCUGGCACAGCUCUGCAGGGUGAGCUUGCGGAAGGCCACUGGCGUCCGAGGACUGGAGAAAAUCAGCAAGUUGAACAUCCCUCCCCGGCUCAUCGAUUACCUUUCCUACAACUGAGCUGCAGGCGCGCGAGGCAGGAGCCGGCUGGGGGCCCCCUGGCCUCUCCAAGCCCAGCGCUGGGCCACUCGGCCCUGCCUCGUCUGCGGCCGUUCCACUGCUGUAGAUAGAGCAAUGCUCCCGGGGGCCGUGCCGGCUGGCCUGCUUUGUCUUCUCUGCAGACUCCUGGACAGUGUUGCCAAGGCACUGAGAAGGCCCUGCCUGGUCCCGGCCAUCCGGCGCUCUCAGGAAGGGCUCUGCAGGGAGCGCAGGGGAGGGCCGGGCGGAGCCGGGCACCGGGGUGGCCCUGGGCAUCCGGAGGGAGGAGCCUGAGCUACGGAGGUCAGGGUCAGGUCCCGACCCUGUGGCCUGGGACAGCUGCUUUGGUGAUAUCCUGCCGCUUGGAUGCUCUUUUCUGGAGCUGCGGUUGCCACUUUCCAGGGCCCACCUGUGCCCAGGUACACCCGUCACUCGGGGCUCUACACGGAUCUUGGUCGGGGAAGGGCUCGGGCCGUUUAUUCCCCACAACCAGCACAGUGCUUCUUGGGACCUUUUCAGGUCCCAACUCUGAAAAAGCUUAUGUGGGGAUAAGACGCUUGCAGAGCGUAUAUAGGCUGUAGCGCUUGGGUGCUGUCAGUGGAUCUCUACGACAGGCGACGUGUUCCAGGAGUUGUUCCUGGCACGGAGCGCCGUUAGCCGACUUUAGGGAUGAGGUGUCCUCUGUUCCUGCUGUUGCCGACUGAAACCUUCUCCUACCCUGAAUUUUGCUCACUCCUUUGAAGCUCUGAAGUCGGCAGAAGAGGUCGCCAGCGCCCAGUGGGUAUUCACAACCACCGAUUCGUGCAUUUUGCAGCCACUUACGGGACAUCUGUUACGUUUCAGGAGUUGUCGGAGUGCUUUGAACCGGGUGGGAAUCAGGCUCCCUGUCCAGGGCAGUGAAGGAAUCUAUUCCUGUAGUGCUAGAAACAACGAAUUCCACACUGUAGGCAGGAGGUGAACUCAUUGAUAUUCGGAUUGCAUUUGUCUAAGAUUGUCUCCUAAUUGAAAAGCCAAAACCGGGGAGUUAAACUAGAGGACAGUUGUACAAUUAGCUCAGGUGUAUCUAGUUUGAGGGCACGGGGAAGGCACCCUCCUAUGAGUCAUGCCGGAAGCCGGCGUCCCCAGAAACGGCAGUGUUGCCAGGUGCUUCCAGGAAGGCCUGCUGAACAGAAGGAGCCUGGAUUGCUGGGCUGCAUGACCGACUGGCGGGGUCUCUUCACGGUUCCUCGGUGGGGCCCACAUCUGGGGGGAGUUUCACGGCUGCCGCAGGUAUUUUCUGUCUGGGCUGUUUGAGCUGAGAAUGAGCCACUCCCGUUCCGUUAGAGUCUGAGAUCCGAGUUGGGGGUAAAUCCGUGUUUUUGCAUGUGCCAGUAACGACAGCGACAAACAAAGCACCUGGAUCUGCCCGGGAAUCUCUGGAACAGAAGCUUGCCCCUAGCAGUGAACGCCCACGACACUUCCUCACGCGGCACACCGAGUGCAGGAUCAGACCCCACACCCACUGCUCAAUAAAAAUCGUUUGAGUCCAUCCUUACGUUCCCGUGGCCCUUGCGUCGGGAGCAGAAACGCGGGACGGGCUUCGCCCUGUCGAGAGGGGUGCUGUCCUCUCCUCGUGUUUUAGAAGGUCACGUGAUGGGGCCCUGCCGCCCCCCAGAUUCAUUCCCUCCUGCCUCUCCUUGUCUCCUCGUGCUGAUGUACCGCCCUCAGGUGGGGACACGCUGCCCGGGGGAUCAGAUGACUAAGAUUUUAGGGCCUCCUGUCCCUCCCCCGCUCCCCCGCCCCCCCCGCUUUAUUGAGGUGUAAUCGACAUGGAACCCACCCGAACCCUUAGGGUAGGGUAGGGCUGUGACCGCAGAUGCGUCUCUGCCCCUCGGAGCCCCGGCCUCCCCCACUGCAGCGGAAGGAGGGAGGCUGACUUCGAUCAUUAGAAGGACAUCGGUGACCAACUCCUCAAUCUUACACAUUUGAAAGUGGGUCCCCGACACCCUCCUAUGUUCUUGUGAAGCUGAAAAAUAAGGUGAUUAAAAGAUGCCUUGAAAAGUAUAAAGUGCUCCCCAAACAUAAAAGUUACAUGUUUGUGUCGGUA